AUGGCGGAAUAUGCCUACAACAAUCUAAAGAAUUCAUCUACUAACCUGUCUCCCUUCUAUGCCUCUUAUGGUUACCAUCCCACCUUUCACGUCAAUCCUGAAGCCUCUUCUGCGUCUCCACAACUCGAAGAUUAUACCCGAAACCUUAUCACGGCAUUUGCUAAUAUUACCAUGAAUAUCCAGAAGGCACAAGAGAACCAGAAACAUUAUUACGACCUCCGUAGAAGAACACCCCCGAAGUAUGCCAUAGGUGACAAAGUUUGGCUUUCGACAAAGAAUUUACGCCUACAAGUGCCUUCCAAAAAGUUGGCUUCUCGUUUCAUUGGACCUUUUUCUGUCAUUCGAAUCAUAAAUGAAAAUGCAGUGACCUUGGAAUUACCUCCUACUAUAAAAGUCCACCCGACUUUACAUGUCUCUUUGCUCAAGCCUUACAGACCCACUCGAGACACUGACCUCGUUCUACCGCCUUCUCUACCUUUGGUGGACACUGAGUCCUAUGAAGUUCAUUCGGUUUUGGAUUCCAGAUUCCGGGGUUCGGUGUUGGAAUAUCUGAUACAGAACAAGGACAGGGUGAAGAUGUAUCUGCUCUUGGUGACUUUCCUGAUUUUGCCUCUAGUUGUUCAAGCAUCCGGAGGAGGUCACUGGUGCUAUUCCUCACAAAAUCCAAAGUGUGGUCCUGAUCACUGGAAGGAAUUCAACCAUAAUUGUGGAGGCAACAGUCAGUCUCCUAUUAACAUCCUAAGACCUACAGUAAAGAGAGACAAUCAGCUGGGGAACAUUGUGUUCCAGGGGUAUGACCGCGUUCUCCCGGGUCGUUGGAGGUUAAUGAAUGAUGGACAUUCAGUCCAGAUGAGCCUUGAAGGAGAGCCAAUUUUGGGACAUAUUAAUAUAAGUGGUGCCGGUCUUCCAAACAAAUUCCUAGCUUUGCAGUUCCACUUUCACUGGGGAAGCCCCACAAGGGAUGGAUCUGAGCAUACGAUGGAUGGGAAACAAUAUCCCAUGGAGCUACAUAUUGUUCAUAUAAAUGCCAAGUACAGAAGCAUUGCAGAAGCAAAGAAGGACCCCCAGGGCCUGGCCGUGCUUGGCAUCCUGUUUACUGUGGGGAAGAAUGAUAACCCAUAUUAUAACACCCUGGUGACUGCUAUGAAGAACGUAACUUUGGAAGGUAACUAUAUAGAUUUGGCUUCCACCUUCCCACUGGAGACACUCCUACCACCUCGUGAACAGCUCUCUAAAUAUUACCGCUACCAAGGAUCACUUACAACCCCAGACUGCUCUGAGGCUGUAAUCUGGACAGUUUUUGAGCAUCCAGUAACAAUCAGCCAAGAACAGCUUCGAGUCUUCACAGACACAGCUCACUUCACAGCCCAAGGAGAAACUCUGCUCAAAAUAAGGGACAACUUUAGACCUCCACAACCACUCAAGGGUCGCUUGGUCUGGGCUUCCCAGAAUGCUACUGUGAAUCACUCUAAUACCAUAUGUUUCUCAGUUUUUACUUUACAUCUGAGCCUCACCACAUAUAGCUUACUGUACCUUUAA